GGGGUGUGUGCGGGGCCGUUCUGCCCGGGGUAAGAUGGCGGCCGUGACCGCGCUGAGGAGCAGCUGCCGAGCCGCGGGGCGCCUGUGACAUUACUAAUUCACUACCUGCAUUGGUAACCAAAGGUUAAAAAUCACAUGGAAAUCAUUGUGAAACUUCCCAUUUAGAAAUAGUUCAGAGAUUUGAUGUGCUCCUUGUGAUCAUCUUCACAGGUAUGCUGUUUUCUGGCUCCUCUAAGAAGAUAAUUUCUAAAUUUUACAGUUUUGAGCUACUUGAGGUUUGCAUUCAUCGCGUUAGAUCGUGCAGCAGCAUUCGCUUUAUAAAAUCAAAAUAUGUGUGCGUGUUUGACAAAUCUGCCCUCAAGUUUAGUCAUCAACAGCGAUUAUUCAGAACAUCUGCUGUUUCAUGUGGCCAAAUUGUCCAGUUUAAGCUUUCUGACAUUGGAGAAGGAAUUACAGAGGUGACUGUAAAAGAAUGGUACAUAAAGGAAGGUGACACUGUGUCUCAGUUUGACAGCAUCUGUGAGGUACAGAGUGAUAAAGCCUCUGUUACUAUCACCAGUCGUUAUGAUGGCGUCAUCAGAAAACUCCAUUACAGCAUAGAUGAUAUUGCUUUUGUUGGAAAACCACUAGUGGACAUUGAAAUUGAUGCUUCAAAAGGUGUUGCCUCAGAAGAAGAUGUUGUUGAAACACCUCCUAUGUCUCACGAAGAGCACACUCACCAAGAGAUAAAAGGUCACAAAACAUUAGCAACCCCUGCAGUUCGUCGCCUGGCCAUGGAGAACAAUAUUAAGUUGAGUGAAGUUGUUGGUACAGGAAAGGAUAACAGAAUCCUUAAAGAAGAUAUACUCAACUACUUGGCCAAACAAACAGGAGCUAUUUUGCCUCCAUCGCCGAAGGCUGAAAUUGCCCCACCUCAGCGGAAAGCAGAGGCUGUGCCAGCUGCUCCAAAGGACAAAGCACGCAAAAUCCCUGUACCUGUUUCCAGACCCAUUGCAUUUGCAGGAAAGGAUAAAACUGAACCUGUAACAGGUUUUCAGAAGGCCAUGGUAAAGACUAUGAGUGCAGCCCUGAAGAUCCCCCACUUUGGUUAUUCUGAUGAGAUUGAUUUGACUCAGCUUGUUCAGCUGCGAGAAGAGCUGAAACCUCUAGCUGAAAUCCGUGGAGUUAAGCUUUCCUUUAUGCCUUUCUUCAUAAAGGCAGCCUCUCUGGGAUUGCUGCAGUAUCCCAUUCUUAAUGCUUCUUUGGAUGAGAACUGUCAAAAUGUCACAUAUAAGGCUUCACACAACAUUGGAGUUGCAAUGGACACAGAGCAAGGUUUAAUUGUCCCAAACGUGAAAAAUGUUCAAGUCUGCAGUGUGUUUGACAUAGCUGUGGAAUUAAAUCGCCUCCAGUCCUUGGGCUCUGCAGGCCAGCUGGGAACAAGUGACCUCACUGGGGGUACAUUCACCCUUUCAAAUAUUGGCACAAUUGGUGGCACUUAUGCCAAACCAGUGAUACUACCUCCUGAAGUAGCUAUUGGAGCACUUGGAAAGAUACAGGCUCUUCCUCGGUUUAAUAGCAAAGGUGAAGUAUUUAAGGCACAAAUAAUGAAUGUCAGUUGGUCAGCUGAUCACCGCAUCAUCGAUGGAGCUACAAUGGCCCGGUUUUCUAACCUGUGGAAAUCUUACUUGGAGAACCCUGCUUCAAUGCUGCUGGACCUUAAAUAAAGGAAACCAUGGCUAGAAUACGCCUUUAAACUCUGUGGAUUAGACUGAAUAGUUAUACAAGCUGUCUCUGCUAACAUGUGCCCUUUGCUACGUGCAUUAUAUAAUAAUGUUAUAUGGUUGAAAUUUCUCAACAGCUGAUAUCAGUCUCAAUUAGUUGUUGCUUCUUUCAUUUUAUAUUGCUGUAGUUUCAUCUACAGCAGACUGUCAAACUGAGUAGGUCACAGCUUCUGAAUAUGGUGGUGGAAUGUCUUUAUUUUGCCUUUUAUAAUAAGAAUGAUUGUCAGGCUGGUGUGACUGAGUGCCACUGCUCUACACCUGCAGUAUUUAUAAUCUGAAGGGAAAUUUUGGAGGGGAAUACUCAUAGUUCUAUUUUGGACACAUAAAUUUAUUUUAACAAAUAAUAUCUGAAUUCCUAAAAGGAAUUAUGCAAAAAUCAUAUACAAAUAAAAUGCCUUUAAUGCUUCUGCUGGGA